CAGGUGCGUAUACGACACACCGGCUCACGAUCUGUCUAUCUGCUGUCAGAAUGUAAAAAGGGCGAGGGAGGAACCACCAAAGAGAGCACGGAGGAGGAAACACCAGGCAGCAGACCAAAGGCGCGACAACCGACCCGACCCGACAAGAGCGAUGACGCACCCCCGCAGCGGACGCAAGCCCCGGACGCCGAAAGGCGUGCAGCGGCAGCAGACGAGCCGAAGGAGCGCACUGAAAAGUGCCUCUGCCGAAGGGCCAAGUGACAACAUAUUUGUGGAAACAAUAAAUCAAUGCUGCUAUGAUGCGUCCUGUGUCAGGUGUCCCCGCAACCCACACGAGGACGGCAGGAAGUCCGUUACAGUGGCGCCCAACCGAGGAAGACCUGAAGAAGCGGAGGACGACGGCGUCAUCUGGGCUCUCGUGGCAAGUUACACCAGGCUGCUCAUUGUUGGAAACGACAAAAGAAGAAGCCAGGAAAGCUGGUGUCGAGGCCAUCUACCUGGGAGGCGAGCUGUCGGCCAAAAGGAAGGAGGACGAGGGCUCCCCGGAAGAAGCAUAUAUGGAAGAGACUUUUGUUGAAUAUUACGGUAAAAAAGAAGAGGAAGAAAUUUCCGUUGAAGAUGAAAUUUACUUUAAUGGUGAAGUUUACGUUGAUGACAAAAUGUAUGUUAAAGAAGAAGUUGAUAAUGACGGAAAAGAAGUUAAAGAAGGUGAACUCCAAGAAAAUGAUGAAGAAAAAUAAAUAAUUGAAGAAAUUCUACAAGAUUAUGAAGAUGAUAAAAAUGAAGUAAUUGAAGAUGAAAAGGAAGUUAAAAAUAAAGAAGUUAAAGAAGAAGAAAUAAAGGAAGAAAUUCUGGAAGAAGAUGAAGAUGAAGACAAUGAAGAUGAAGGAGAAAUCGAAGAGGAAGACAAAGUCGAGGUACCUCAAGGAAUUGAGGAAAAAGUUCUUGUAGAAAUGCAAGAAAAGGAAAACGAGGACAAAGAAAAACUUAAACGAGAAGAAGUAACUCAAGAAAUUGAAAUGGAACAAAUAAUUGAAGAAUUGCUGGAAAGUGAUGAAGACGAACAAGAAAAGGAAGAAAUCGAGAGAAAAAGUCUUGGAGAAAUGCAAGAAAAGGAAGAAGAAGACAACGAAUAACUUGAACGAGAAGAAGUAACUCAAGAAAUUGAAAAAGAAAAAAUAAUUGAAGAAUUGCUGGAAAGUGAUGAAGACAAACAAGAAAAGGAAGAAGACAGAAAAAUUUGAACGAGAAGUAACUCAAGAAAUUGAAAUAGAAGAAAUAAUUGAAGAAUUGCUGGAAAAUGAUGAAGAUGGAAAAGAAGAGGAGGAAAUUGAGAACGAAGAAGAGUGGAGAAAAGCUCAAGACCUUCUUGGAGAAAUGCAAGAAAAGAAAGAAGAGGACAAGGAAAGACUCACAAAAGACAAAGAAAAGAAAGGUGAAGAAGUCAGAGGGCCACAGCAAUUUUUUUCCCGCUCCAGUAAGGAAACAGGGGGGGGAGCACGCUCGGCCGGACCGGAGCCCGGCCUCCAACUGAUGGGGGAGGUAUGUGGAGAGACACCACCGACGGGCCGACAACGGGCGGAAAGCAGCAGCGCGGGCCCACCUGGAGGCCCGGAGGCGGGGCAUGCGGCGGCAGGAGGAGGCGUGACGCACGCAGAGCGACGCUGCAGCGGCAAUCUAAUAAAGCCAAUAACUUGCUAUCCCCAGAGAGGAAGCAUUACUAUGUGGAACUGGUAAAUGGGAAUAACAGAUGUGAGGGUCGUGUGGAGGUGCGCUACAAUGAUACCUGGGGCACAGUCUGCGAUGAUGACUGGGACAUGGUGGAUGCCCAAGUUGUGUGUCGCCAGCUAGACUGCGGCGUCGCUGUCGCAAUGGGUACCAGCUCUCAGUAUGGACAAGGCACAGGAUUAAUCGUGCUGGAUAACGUGGACUGCAAAGGGAGUGAAACAAACAUUGGUCAGUGUGACAGUCUAAACUGGGGCGUACACAACUGUUACCACUACGAGGACGUGGCCAUAAUAUGUCGAGAACCACUGGUUGGAGGAGCAAAAGCUUCAGGGGAUGUUACCACAAUGUCCUCCAGGAACGCAUACUUAGAUGGCAUGGUCCGUCUGGUGGAUGGAAUGGACUUGUGUCAGGGCCGGGUGGAAAUCUACCAUCAGGGCAGGUGGGGGACAGUGUGUGAUGACGAUUGGGACGUGAGAGAGGCCGAGGUUGUGUGCCAGCAGAUAGGCUGUGGCCACGUUAUUUCAGCUCAUACAAACUCUUACUUUGGCUACGGCACAGGCCAUAUCCUUCUGGACAAUAUCGAUUGUCAGGGAAAUGAACCACAGCUGACAAAAUGUGCCAGCCUUGGAUGGGGCAACCACAACUGUGGCCAUCAUGAAGACGCUGGGAUCACCUGCUCAGGUAGAGAAACCACGACUGUGGCUGCAAUUUACCCUUCCACUGGAAGCCAGGAGUCUAUCUGGUCAACCCUAAAAACUGAAGCACCAGGUGAUGCUGUCACAGCAACAGAAAGUAUAAGCUCAACCGCCAUGAGAAAAGACUAUAUGGCUAUCCGCGUUGUGAACGGAAACGGCAGCUGCCAGGGUCGCGUAGAAGUACAGUACAGCAAUGUCUGGGGAACAGUGUGUGACGACGGUUGGGACAUGGCAAACGCUAUCGUGGUGUGUCGGCAGCUUGGUUGUGGCAUCGCUAUCGAAGCAAAGUCUCAGGCCUUCUAUGGUUAUGGUACUGGUCCCAUCUUGCUCGACAAUGUAGAAUGUCACGGCGACGAGAAAGGCCUUUCUGAGUGCACACAUUCGGGUUUGGGUCAACACAACUGUGGCCAUCAUGAGGAUGCUGGAGUCAUAUGUGAACCGUUUCUACGCUUCAGUGGAUUAGGAUUCUCCCGUGACUUAAGUGCAACUGACAAGACACCCGGCGGGGAAUCCACCAUCUCCACACCACCUGACGAAGGAACACUGAGACUGGUUGGAAGCAACCGUAUCUGUGAAGGCCGUGUGGAGAUGUAUCUCCAUUCUGAAUGGGGGACAGUUUGUGACGACGCUUGGGACAUCGCUGAUGCCCAGGUGGUGUGCCAGCUGCUUGGCUGUGGCGAGGCUUUAACGGCGUGGGGCGAAGCGCACUUUGGGCCUGGCACAGGAAAAAUUCUGCUGGACAACCUAAAAUGCACCGGAACAGAAGCAUCACUGUUGCACUGCUCUCAUAUAUCGUGGGAUGUGCACAACUGUGACCAUUCGGAAGAUGUCGGGGUCACGUGUUUGUUGUUAUGAUUGUUAGAGAAGAGUUUUACCAAGCAAUAGACUUUACACUGCUAAGAGAACCAACAUCUAUGUGAGAGCUUUCAGCUACAUUUUAGACAUAUAAGCCUAUUAAGCACUUUAUAAUUAACAAAGAGUUGCAAUUGUCUGGGAUAACACUGGUGAAUCCUGAAAUACCAAUGCAAGAAAUAAAUCAAAGACAGCAAUGUUGUUCAUCAUAGCUUAAAUUGAUCUAUGAAAAUAUGGCCCUUAAAAGCAAUGAGCUCGACAAUAUAGAGCGAUCUGAUUGGAUGAUUGUGUAAGAGCUUUUUAGACGAUGUCAUGGCAUCUUUCCCACAUUUGUAUUUAAAUCUACGGGAAUUAUGUUCUCUCCGUGACUGUGUGGGUUCCCUCUGGGUUCCCUCUGGGUACCCCGGCUUCUUCCCACCUCCAAAGACAUGCACCUGGGGAUAGGUUGAAUGGCAACACUAAAUUGGCCCUAGUGUGUGGACGUGAGUGUGAAUGUUGUCUGUGUUGGCCCUGCGAUGAGGUGGUGACUAGUCCAGGGUGUACCCCACCAUCUGCCCGAGUGCAGUUGAAAUAGGCUCAAGUACCCCCUUCGACCCUGAUAGGGACAAGCGAUAGAACAUGGAUGGAUGGGAAUGAUGCAAGUGCCAGAACAUCAUGUGCUAAAUGAACGGAUUGAAUUUAUAAGUAAUGGCUAAAUUAUUGUUUCUCAGCAUCGACACCAUGGGUUUUUUUAAACUGUGCAACCUGUAAAACUGUGUGUACUAUUAGUGGGCAUGUUGCAUGUGAUCGACUAGUAGGACUUUUGUGUGUAUUAUAUGGGGCUUUACCACAUAGACCAGAGGUCUCAAACACACGGCCCGUGGGCCAAUUGCAGCCCGCGAGACGUUAUUUUGCGGCCCGCAUCUUAAUAUGAUUAUUUAACAUUUUGUGACCCGUGAGUUUUGAUGCGGCCUGUGAGUUUUGAUAUGAAUAGCACUUUGCAGCGUCUUCCGCGAGAUUCCCAAUACUCAGUACCCCCCUAGGGGUAAUCAUUCUCCCAAAUUUCACCCAAACAACAAUAUCGAGGGGGCACCGUGGAGGUACUGUCUUUAGCGUUGUCUAUGACCUGAAAAAGCAGCAUACCAGCCAAGCCACAC